CGACACAGAACUAGCUUUGGAGCUGAGCGAGCAAGUAUUCCUGGAUGAUGAUGAAUACUCGACGCGCGCGCCCGCCUCGCCCACCACAGUGCCGAACGUGCGGCCUUACAGACCACCCUCCACAGGUUCAAAUAUCCUGAAGUCUCCUCGCGCGCGUCGCGUGCGCACCACCUCGAUGUCGCAGCCGAACAAGCGCACGACGGCGGAGAGCAUCCUGCACGCCGACAGACGCACGAUAUACACAGCCGGCAGACCGCCCUGGUACAACUGUACGGGGGGGCAGGAGGUCGAACCUUUUCUUAUUGGUAUUUGCGGCGCCAGCGCGUCGGGCAAGACGACAGUCGCAGCCAAAAUCAUAGAAUCUCUCAACAUACCAUGGGUCACCAUAGUCAGUAUGGACUCAUUCUACAAAGUACUUAACGAGAAGCAGCACCAAGCGGCGAUGCGCAAUGAAUACAACUUCGAUCACCCGGACGCGUUCGACAUAGAGCUGUUGAUCACAGUGCUGCAGAGACUGCGGGAAGGCAAGAAGGUCGAGGUCCCCAUAUACAACUACGUCACGCAUUCCAGGGAGAAUAGAACUAAAACUAUGUACGGUGCAAACGUCAUUAUAUUCGAGGGUAUCCUCGCCUUCUACAACAUGGAGGUUAACAAAAUGCUAGACAUGAAAGUGUUUGUCGACACCGACGCAGACAUACGCCUCGCGAGGAGACUAAGAAGAGACAUAGUCCAACGCGGCCGUGACCUAGAAGGAGUCUUGAAGCAGUACAUGAGCCACGUGAAGCCCGCGUACCAGAGCUACAUCGCGCCCUGCAUGGCACACGCCGACAUCAUAGUGCCGCGCGGCGGAGAGAACAAAGUCGCUAUACAUCUUAUAGUGCAGCAUGUUCAUAAGCAGUUGCAGUUGCGUGGUUUCAAAGUACGUGAGAAGCUUGCCAUCGCGCACAUCGGCCAACCAGUACCCGAUUCACUGUUUGUCCUCAAAGAAACUCCACAGGUGCAAGGUCUCCACACGUUCAUCCGCAACAAGGACACUCCGCGCGACGAGUUCGUGUUCUACUCGAAGCGUCUGAUGCGGCUCGUCAUCGAGUUCGCGCUCUCGCUGCUGCCCUACUCCGACCACGUCGUCGAUACGCCGCAGGGGUUCUCCUAUAAAGGUCGUAAAUGCGACGUGGAGAAGAUCUGCGGCGUGUCUAUCCUCCGCGCCGGUGAGACCAUGGAGCAAGCCGUGUGCGACAUCUGUAAGGACAUCCGCAUCGGCAAAAUACUCAUACAGACCAACCAACAGACUGAUGAGCCUGAGCUGUACUACCUCCGCCUCCCAAAAGACAUAAAGGACUACCGCGUGAUCCUGAUGGACGCGACGGUGGCGACGGGCGCGGCCGCCAUCAUGGCCAUCCGCGUGCUGCUGGACCACGACGUGCCCGAACAGAACAUCAGCCUCGUCAGCCUGCUCAUGGCCGAGAUCGGAGUGCACUCCAUCGCCUAUGCCUUCCCGCAGGUAAAAAUCGUGACAUCAGCGUUAGACCCGGAGAUCAACGAGAAGUUCUACGUGUUACCGGGCAUCGGUAACUUCGGCGACCGCUACUUCGGUACGGAACCCACGGACGACGAGUGAGGCCGCGGGGAACGCUUGUGUGUAGACUGCGAUCGUUAAUCGUCGCUCUGGAAUAUUCUAGAAGGUUCUAGAGGUAAUGUGUCGGUAUUUGGUUUGUAGGAGUCUGGUACAGAAGAAAUUGUGGAGAUUUUUAAUCGUGAUAUUGUUUUUUUUUUGUCAUUAAUUCGAAAAUGAAUUGUAAUGGUAUUCAGAUAAAGUUAAAAAUGCUUUGCAUUGUCUCUAUACGCUUUUCAUGAUAGAUUUCAUUAUUUCUUUAUCAUGUUAAGUUUUAAAAUUAUUUAUUACCACCUUGACUCCUACAAACCUAUACUGAAUAAAAUAAGACGUACGGUCGGUAACGAAAGCUUGUCUCGAACCUGCCUACAUUAUGUACUAAAUUUAGUACGCAACUUUCGUUGCUUACUGUACUGUAUGGAAAGUUAAUAGAAAGUAAGGCGAUUGACAUCUCAAGUGUAAAUGCUUCUCAGACGUAUUUAUAAGAAUGUCGUGUACAUGAUACGCAAAGAAAAAUGAUAAAAUUAGACACAAAAAGAUAGUGAUGACAUAGAGUAGUGAGCAAAUGGAGUGAUCAACUACAAAUAUAGCAGCAGAAAAAGUAAACAAAUAUCACGUAAUUAUUUUAAAUUUUAAAUAAUCUGAGAAUCGAUUUUUCCUAAUUGAAGCAUAGCCUGUUUUUCAUACUGAACAAUUUUUGUUCAGUAUUCAAGAAAUAUCUUUUACUCAAACUAGUUUUUGAAGAGCAUUUUUUUUUCUUAAAGGCUGUUCUAAAAUUUGUUCCUUCAUGUUCUUGUAAAUCACUGCAAUUGCUUUCUAAUCUGUGUAUUAUAGGCGAAAAAUAUGGACUGUCCCCGUGUAUUUAUUUAAUAAUCAUAAAUGUAUAUUUAUAUAAUUAAAUCUAAGUUUGACAUCUUGCUAUGGAAGUAGUCGCUAUGGUUUUAAGGAACUCGGGUAUAUCGAUGUGUAGAAUAUUCAGCAUAAAAUAAUAAAAACAGUGUAAAAAAACGCUUUUUCAAAUUGAUAAGAUGGUUUUUUACUAAGCACCAAUGAUUAAGUACUAAUAAAAAGUAUUUAAACCGAUCAUUUUAUACUGUUUACCAGUCCUAUAUAAACCGCAAUAAACGCGCCUUAACCUUAUAAUGCACUAUGAAUUUACACACUGUUAGAAAUGUUUAGAAUAACACGCAUGCGUUUAACACAAAUAAAAUGAUUGCUUGUUGCUUUGUAAUACUAUACUUAGAACUAAAUGCUGUGGAUGUGUUUUAGGUUGUAUCGUUAUCUAGUCCGCAGUUAUAUGAGUCGCGUAGAUCUCCAAGUAGUUUAAACUUUAAAAUAUCCAAACAUAUUGACCGUCCUAUGGCCAUCAGUCAAUACAAGUCUUUGAUAACCGACGACAGCUUUCGUCAAUUAAAUAAAUGGGUAAACAUUCGAGAUUAAAGAAAUUGUCACUUGUACGAAAGGCUUUCUUGAUAAACAACAGUCGUAAAGAUUAAAAAUAAUAUCUAAACCUAUAUUAAAAAGAUUAGUGAGCUUUUAAAUAUUAAAAUAAAACGGAACUGAAUACCUUCGUUAAAAUAUUAAGGUGUAAUAUUUAAUAUUUAUUUUAACCAUCCCAGUGCUGAAGCUCUACUAAGUCAAAGCUUGAGCAAGCUAAGUCACAAAAUAACGCGAAACCAAAGAAUAGUUCCUAGAUCGAACUGAUAGAUAUUUGUAGGAACGAAUUGAUGGCUGGAUUUACGUUUUUGGAUAUGUACGGGAUUUUUUAAUGGAAAUACCCUGUAUUUUUUGUAGUUAUACAAGUCUCUAGAGACCAAUGAACUAUCUUAAACUUAAACGACACGCAUUGGUCACUAGUAACCGACUUAUACUUUUUUUUUCUAUGUUUGAGCGCCAUGAAAUUAACAGGACGAAAGCGAUGAAUAAGAAAAUUACUCCAUAGCGCCACUUGCGUCGGUCACUGGUGACCGAUAAACAAAGAUUUACUAACCAUAAUAAUAUAACUACAUACAUAGAUACUUAUUUUUUCCGUUUUGCAACGAUUUUUUUUUAAAUAUGCUUUGUAAAUCCCGUGCACCCAAAAGCGUAAAUAAAUAGUGAAUGUAAAAUGAAACGUACUUCCAUAGCGACUUGUCGUAUCGGCUGACAUCUAGACUGGUAUCGAUAUCGAAUUAAAACGGUAUUUGUUAGAUUUAAAUUAAAACAUGCUGUAUAACGACAUUUCCCCAUCGCGCUAUCCUGCUCACACUUCACAUGUCAAACCGAGAGAUCGAUACACGAACUAUAAAUACUGUGUUAUGAAUGUUCACCACAUGUAGGCUAUCAGAAAUGGAAUUGUAAUAAAUGAAUGUCAUUUUCUUCUCAUGGUGUUGCCAAGAUUCAACAAAAACAUUUGAAAUCUAACAAAUACCUUUAUGUUAAUAUAACUUGCUUUUAAUUUAUAUUGCUAUUGCUUAUCGUCGAUAUAAUUCUUCGAUAAAUUGUUUGGGUGGUUUCGUAAUGCUUUCAAUUUAUACGAAAUAUACCACGUUUGAUUAGAUUAUACAAGCCGCGCACAUUUUAGCGUCCUUUUUUAAAGAAUUUAUUGUUUUACUAACAAACUCGGAUGUACUUAAUAACAAGAUCAAAGCAUAAUAAAUCCUAAAAUAAUGAAGUUAAGGUUCAUUAUUGCAACAGACUAUUCUUAACACGUUUUGCCCUAAAAAUGGUGCUUGUAAAUGAUGUUUCUUUUUUUGUUAUUUGUACAAAUUACAGAGUAUUUUUGCUGUCAUUUUAGAUCGAGGGUUUUUAAUAUAGCAUAAUCUAAAAACUGUUAAUAUAAUAGUUCCAGAAGACACUUUUUGUCUCAUCAUUCCUGUUUUAUAUACUGCCAUUUCUGUUUCAGUAUUAGGAAAUUCGCGGUGAUUUCAUAUUUAUGUAAAACUUUUUUAUAUGUAUAUAUUAGUCGAAUUGGCAUUUUAUUUGAAAAUAGGAACCUCGCUUCGGAAAGAUCAAUCAUGAUAUUAUUUAGCGUAAUUGUAAUAUUUAUUUGACAGUAUUCGUUUACUGUAAAUAAUUUUAAGUUAAUUUAGAUUUAAGUUUACACUUAAUGUAUGUGCUUAAUUUUUAAAGCUGGCAACGUUGUUACUAUUUAUGUUUCUACGUAAGUAAUCGGUUGUAAUGCCUGUGUAGAAUCGAGUGGUCUGAUCGAUUUGUCUCGAUUAUUUUGUAGUUGUGAAAGUUGUUUUAUCGAUUAAUUUGGAAGUUUAUAUGCAGUCGCUACAUGCUUCUGUUAACAUACGACUCGAAUUUACAAACAAGUGAUAAAACAAAAUGUUAUGACAUGCUUGAAAGCUGAAUCAGCUUUUUGAACGUUAACAACAAUAACAACUAAUUAAAUAUAAUACAAUUUUCAACUUUAUUAUUUACGUAAUAGAAUAUUAAAUUGUCAACUUUUUCGGAGUAUGAGAGCCAUGUCAAGUCUGUGCCACUCUUCCGCACCAUUAUGAAAUGCUUAAACGAAUUUGUAUAAUGUAUUUUGCAAGAGGAAAAAAUUACUUCAUCACUUGAAUAAACCCUUACAAUUAAUUUAUGGAUAUUCAAUUAUUUUACUUCUGACAAUUGAUAUCGAUAACACGUAAAAUACUUAGGAACUCUAUCUUGCAAAACUUUGUUGUUUGAAGUUGUUAACGUUCAAAAAGUUUGAAUUAUAUCUCAAUAAUAUUGUUCACAUAAUUUACUCCAUUGCACAAUCCUUGUGUACAAUAUAUACAUAAUUUGUAUCUAGCUAUUGUAUAAAUGUAAGUCGCUGUGAAUAUUAUGUGAAAAAUACAAAAAAAAAUGAAAGUAAUCUGAAAUACGAUGCGAAUAAUGAAUUAAAAAAGAUUAAAUACAA